GGUGUUGUUGUACUGUGGCAAAGGUAAUUCAAUUUUUAAUACUUUUUCUCCCUAUGCUAAGGUAUUUUUGCUUUAGGUAUUUGGAAGUAGUAGCAAGGCCAUGUCUGAACAGAAAAAAAGAAAAGUAGAGACCAGUAAUGAUCCCAAUGUAUGGCUGAAGUGGUACCAUGAACUAAGUGAUGAAAGUGAUCUGAGUGAAAGCUCUAAGGAUGAAGAUGAAAGUGACAAAGAGGAAGAAAAUAUACUGACAGAGAGUGAGCAUAAUACAGAAUCGGAACAAGAGGUUGCGGAAAGUGAAGAAGUUGAAAGUGACGAAGACGUGCCUUUAGGUUCUUCUAGUUUCUACAUUGGGAAGGACAAAAUAACGAAAUGGAGAAAAGCGAAUCCUCCAAGAAAUGUGAAAACAAGGUCCCAUAACAUUAUUAUUCAUUUACCAGGACCCAAAGGUAAAGCACGAGAAGUGAAAACAGAAGUAGCAGCUUUAGAACUCUUUUUAGACGACAAUAUUCUCAAAACAAUUACAGCGUGCACUAAUAUUUAUAUAGAGAAAACACGUCAAGAAUUUACAAGGGACAGAGAUGCAAGGAGUACUGAUGAGAUAGAAAUAAGGGCAUUUAUUGGAUUGUUGUUCCUUAUAGGCACCAUGAGAUGUUCUCGUAAAAAUAUUCAUUUACUAUGGGAUAACUCCAAAGGAAAUGGCAUUGAAUCAUGUUAUCUUACUAUGAGUGAAAAAAGGUUCCGUUUCUUUUUGAGAUGUUUGAGAUUUGACAACAUCAAUGACCGUAACAUGCGUAAAGAACUUGAUAAAAUGGCAGCAAUUAGGGAAGUGGUUGAACUGUUCACCAAUAAUUUUGAGAAAUAUUUCUCACCGAGUAAUAUCUAA